AUGGCCUCUUGCCCCAACGUCGUCGUGCCGGUCGACAAACACGCGGCGUUGAGACACAACCACAAGCGCCAAACACAACCGCCGCGUGUGCACAACCAACUCUCCUCACACAAGCGCAGGCCGUCCGUGUGUGCUGGCACGUCUUUGUCUACUCUCCUCGGCCUGUGCGUGUGCCAUGUGCGUGCUACGAUGCGUGCGGCAAUGAGGAAGAUACCAGUUCAGGCAGCCGAUUAG